UAUGCUUUUAGUACGGAGAACUGGGAACGUGGCCGUGAGGAGGUAGCCUUUCUCAUGCGCCUCAUGGAACGAACCAUCAUCCUGGAGGUUCCGGAGCUGCACGCGCAGGGAAUACGGCUGGUCUUUGCGGGCGACCGGACGGCUCUGCCGAAUCGCUGCGACGAGGUCGCAGAGUCCCUCUGGAUGGGGCACUCCUCCGUUUUCCUCCGUUUUCCAUGUUUCCUGGGGCACGACGUAUGGAAAGAGGCCCCGCAAGGGCUACACGAGGUAGACAAACGAGUGGAAUGGCUAACGAACAGACCACUGCCAGAAGGUGUGCAUCUGUCCGAUCGUCUGUCGACGCACAUGACUCAUUCGCUCGUUGGGGAUCCGGACCCACUAAUCCGAGUCAGCUGGGAGCAGCAACUAUCAAAUUUCCUGCUAUCGAACUGCGCCUACACGGAGCUGUACUUCACGUCUACCUGCUGGCCCAAUUUCGCCGAGAAAGGUUGGGAGGAUGCGGUGCGACACUUCGCCUCAAAACAAAGACGAUACGGG